UUUGAUAUGGUCCUAGUCUUCAAGACAUUGUAUCUCAAAGGCCUAAUCCCAGAAAUGAUAAAGAAAGGUAACAAAAUGUAUGAGAUGAAGGUGAAGAACAAUAAAAAAUGCUGGGUCAUCUUCAGAGACACAUACAAUCUAAUGCCAAUGCCGUUGGCUUCGCUAGUACCAGCCUUUGCUCUUAAAAUGGAAGACAAACCUUUCUUCCCUCACCUGGCCAACAACCCAAAGAAUUAUGGGAAAGAAAUCUUUCCGACAAAAGAAGAUUACCUUGCUAAUGGGAUGAUGCCUGAAAAGAGGGCUCAGUUCGAUAAAUGGUUUGACCAACAUAAAAAUGAGCCCUUCAACUUAAAUGAACAACUAGCAGCAUAUUGUAUCAACGAUGUGGAGAUCCUCAUGGCUGCGCUCAUUGCCUUCAGAACGGAAUUUUUGGAAGUCUCCAAUGGCUUGGAUGUUCUUCGUGAAGCUAUGACAAUUGCUUCUGCCUGCAUGAAGCACUUCCGCAUGAAUCACCUCAAAGCCAACCAUUUAGGAAUUGUUCCUGAAAAAGGUUACGACAACGUCGACAACCAAAGUAAAAUUGCUCUCAAGUUUCUGAAAUGGUAUGGCGAGAAGAAUAACGUUACAAUUAGGACAGCACACUCAAAGAAUGGGGAGAAGAAAAUUGGAAAUUAUAAAUUGGAUGGAUGGGUUGAGGAAAAGAAAUUGGCUAUUGAAGUCAAUGGUUGCUGCUGGCAUGGUUGUAUCAAAUGCUAUCCUGACGACGAUCUUAAGCUUCCAACAGGUCUUACAGCUGGAAAACAGCGGGAGAAGGACCAAAAACGUCUAAAAUUUAUUAGGAAUUUGGGGGUCAAAGUGGCAGUAUAUUGGGAGUGUCAAAUCAUUGAUAUGGUAGCAAAAGAUUAUGAAAUGAGGAAGAUGCCUUCUAUGGGGGAAGAACUGGUCCCUUGA